AUGGGGCUAGGCAGUCCCAACCUUGCCGAGCUCUUGGCACAUGCUGGGUAUGAUUGGUUGGUUAUUGAAACGGAACACAACGCACUCGAUACUGCGCAGAUUGAACACAUGCUCAUGGCGAUGAACGGGACCGAGACUAUCCCUAUUGUCCGUAUCCCUUCUGCCAAUCCGGUCUUCAUCCAAAGGGCGUUGGACAUAGGUGGCAUGGGAAUUCUUGUGCCGAUGGUAAGGACAGCCGAUGAGGCGCAGGCUAUCGUUGAUGCCACGCGCUACCCGCCGCAAGGUACACGCGGCUGGGGACCACUACGUGCCUCGCAAUACACGGUUGACAAUGAGGAUUAUUUCAACCGAGCGAAUGACAAUAUGCUUGUCUUCUUGCUCAUCGAGACCAAAGAGGCUGUGGAAAACUUGGAGGCAAUUGGGGCUGUACCGGGGGUUGAUGUGUUAUAUAUCGGCAUGUGGGAUCUGUGUUUGUCAAUGGGAUUGAACCCGCUGCACAUGCCAUUUCCAGAGACUGAUGCCGUCAUCGAACGCGCCCUAGAGGUGGGUCGCGAGGUUGGUGUUGCCAUUGGAUUCGGGGAGAGCACACCAGAGGGAUUGCAGAGACGACAAGCACAAGGUUUCACUGUUUUGGGCUAUGGUCCCGAUUACUACCUGCUUUUACAGGCAGCCCGCGCAGGUUUGGAGGUCUUUAGGCGGUCGUAA